CCCCGCGCGACUCGGAUCCCGCUCCGCUCUUUCGGCCGGGAGUGGGUGGGGGAGCACCGGGCAGGGGAGGAGCCGCUGGAGCCGCGGGAGACGGAAAGAUAUGAACAAAUGGCUCUUCACCCCCAAGUAAAGUGUUGAUGACAGACCAAAAAGGAAAUAAUUCCACCCGAAUGGAGUUUGGUGAUCUGGUCCCGUAGGAGGAACCCCUUGAGGUACCCAGUCUGAAAUACGUUAAUGCCAGUGUGAGGGCUAAAUGGUGUGAUAACACCCAAGAGCCAGGAAAUGGCGACAACCUUGGAGCCAGAGGACCAAGAUCUUUGGGCAGAAGAAGGAGUCCUGAUGGUGAAACUGGAGGAUGAUUUCACCUGCGGGCCAGAGUCUGCCUUGCAGGGGGAUGACCCUGUACUGGAGACCUCUCACCAGAACUUCCGACGGUUUCGCUACCAGGAAGCAUCCAGCCCUCGAGAAGCCCUCAUCAGACUUCGAGAGCUUUGUCAUCAGUGGCUGAGGCCAGAGAGGAGAACAAAGGAGCAGAUCCUUGAGCUGCUCGUGCUGGAACAGUUCCUCACUGUCCUGCCUGGAGAACUGCAGAGCUGGGUUCGAGGCCAACGGCCAGAGAGUGGCGAGGAGGCAGUAACACUGGUGGAGGGUUUGCAGAAACAACCCAGGAGACCAAGGCGGUGGGUAACCGUCCACGUUCAGGGCCAGGAAGUCCUGUCAGAGGAGACAUUACACCUAGGGGUGGAGCCGGAGUCCACCAGUGAGCAACAAGAUCCAACACUGAUCUUGACCCCUGAGCAGCCCCACGAGGAAGCCCUCCACAGCACAGAUCUGGGGACACCGGAACAGGAGAGCUUGCAGCUUGAAGGGGAGCACCAGCUUCUGCAGGAGAGUGAGGUUCCAGUAUCCCAGGACCUAGACCUUCCUACAGAACAAGGGUCUGGACACUCAGAUAUGGUUGCUCUUCUCACUGCUCUGUCUCAGGGACUGGUCACAUUCAAGGAUGUGGCUCUGUGCUUCUCCCAGGAUCAGUGGAGCGAUCUGGAUCCAACACAGAAAGAGUUCUAUGGAGAAUAUGUCUUGGAAGAGGACUGUGGAAUUGUGGUGUCUCUGUCAUUUCCAAUUCCCAGACUAGAUGAUACCUCCCAGAUUAGAGAAGAGCCUCAGGUCCCAGAUGUCCAUGAGUCUCAGGAGCCUGCAGAACCAGAAAUCCUGAGUUUUACCUAUACAGGAGAUAUGAGUGAAGAUAAGGAAGAAAGUGUUGAACAUGAAAAUACACAUAAGUCUAUUUUGGCAGACCCAGAAGUUCACCAGACUCCAGAUUGGGAAAUAGUUUUUGAGGAUGAUACAAGUAGACCUACUGAAAGAUUUGGUACAAAUGUUCCUCAAGUUAAUAGUGUCACAAAUAUUAAGGAAACUAUGCCUGUCCACUCCCUGGUAGCGAGGCAGCAUCACUGCCCUCUAUGUGGAAAAAGCUUUACAUGUAAUUCUCACCUUAUUAGGCACUUGAGAACUCACACAGGAGAAAAACCCUAUAAGUGUAUGGAGUGUGGGAAAAGUUACACACGGAGCUCACAUCUUGCCAGGCACCAGAAAGUCCAUAAGAUGAACACUCCUCAUAAAAAUCCUCCAAACCGGAAGACUGUGGAUGUCCAGUCUGAGGUCGCUACCCGAGUGGAAAAACCAUAUAGCUGUGAUGAUUGUGGAAAACAUUUCCGUUGGACUUCAGACCUGGUCAGGCAUCAGCGGACACAUACAGGAGAAAAACCUUUUUUCUGUACUAUUUGUGGCAAAAGCUUCAGCCAGAAAUCUGUGUUAACAACACACCAAAGAAUCCAUGCUGGAGGCAAGCCCUACUCGUGUAGGGACUGUGGCGAGGACUUCAGUGACCACAGACAGUAUCUGAUACACCGGAAGACACACGUGUCUGAUGAGCUCUAUCUCUGCAGUGAAUGUGGGCGCUCCUUCAGCCACAGUGCAGCAUUUGCCAAGCACCUAAAAGGCCAUGCUUCAGUGAGGAACUGCCGGUGCGAUGAAUGUGGUAAAAGCUUUAGCAGGAGGGAUCACCUCGUCAGACAUCAACGCACACACACUGGGGAAAAGCCUUUUACCUGCACUACCUGUGGGAAAAGCUUCAGCAGAGGGUAUCAUUUAAUCAGGCAUCAGAGAACCCACACAGUAAAGACCUAGCUAGGGGCCAUGUGUGGAGAGCUUAACUCAGCCAUCAACUGGGAUGGGAUGGGUUCUGUGGUCAACCUGAGAAGACCUUUUCUGAGGUAUCUCUUUGACCUGCCCAUACCUUAUGUCACCUCUUCCAACUACCAAACAAAAGCCCCAUCCAGAACUUCUCAACUUUUCUCAGUUGAGGCUUCUACUUCACCGGCACGGUUCUGCCUGUACCUCAUGGGUGUGAAGUAAGAGAUUUGGGACUUUAAGAAAUUUGGGUUGUUAUAUUUUGAGAAACCUAGGCUGUUCUAGAUCUUGAAGACUACUCACCAGCCUCAACUUCAGUGUGGUCAAGGAUAAGUCCUUAGGUCUGAUAAGAGACCAACCUAAAGGGGUCUGUCCUUACUGGGCUCAAACCUUAAAGCACACAGCCCUAAACGCAAAAGGUCUGUGUCCUGACAGAUAUGCCACACACUGAUGGAAUACCUACAGCCUCCUUACUAACUCGCCUCUGCACUGUACACUUUCCUUUGAUGCUGGAGACAAAGGGGAAGAGUGUUAAAGGACAAAUCCUUAAGGCUGCUUCACAAGGAUUUUGGCAGGCUGCCCCCUUCCCAAUUGUCAGAAUGAUACCAAGUGCCACACACUGCUACAAAAACGGGCUUAAGAAAAAGCCUCUUGGGGUGCACCACCCCUGUCUAAAUACUCCUGUCUUUAGCUUUUCUACUAUUCAGCCACUAUCAGUUUGUCCCUUACAUGCCUACUGAAAGAGAGAUGUAGUCCUAGAGGGCUGAAGAAUUCAGUAAAGCAAAAUUAAGUCAUGGUGAAAUCCAUUACAGUCCCACAUGAGGCUUAAGCCUGUCCUUCAUUUGGCUUGUGAGAGGGACUCUGAAGCUUUGUCAGCGUAGAAAGGCACUGUAGCCAGUGCAGAAUUGGAAUUGACUGGGUCACUUCAUUUACAUGAGGGGAACUAGAGAAGAUAUAAAACCACUUUGGAAGAAUAUGAAACAGCUGUUGCCACUGGCUAAGACUAUUAGGAUUAUUCUGACACCUAGUCCUUUGUAUCCCUGCCUGGAACCGUAGUACUUGGAACUCUGAGAGGUCAUCAGAAGUAAAUGGAUUUUUAUGUGUCUGUGUUAUUUGGUUUUUCAUACGUAAUUUCAUUAUCAUAUAACUGUGAACUAAAAAGUAUCUCCUGGUGACCCAAGGGUCCUUAACCUGUUUGAGGUUCCCAGGAGGCUGAAAAUUUACAAACCUCACAUGUCUGAUCAUCUGGAAAGGACUGGGGACAGAUACUCCGUAAGCAGAGCACAGGAUGUGGGAUUAAAGCAUGCGAAGGCAGACAGACAUCUGUGCCUGGUCUCUUCUGCUUUUUCACAAUCGCAGAGGAAUAUGGUGGAUUAGCAGCGCAUCUUCCCAGCCCUAGCCUCCCAUAGGAAAAUUCUCUCCUGAUGGACUAGUUGAGUUUUAAUGCCAGUCAGUCAUUGUCAUGAAGAUAUAUAAGAAGUAAAUAAAGUGAUAAUGUGCAGCCAAGUGC